CGCAGGCGCAACUGUAUGGCGUCACGUGAUCUCGCUUUGAACGCGCUCGGCGGAAACGGAAAAGGCGAAGAGGAGCCAACAUGGCGGACAGGCUAACGCAGCUUCAGGAUGCUGUUAACUCACUCGCUGAUCAGUUCUGUAAUGCGAUUGGAGUCCUGCAGCAGUGCGCACCACCUGCCUCCUUCAGCAACAUCCAGACUGCCAUCAACAAAGACCAGCCCUCCAACCCCACAGAAGAAUACGCUCAACUGUUUGCAGCAUUGAUAGCAAGAACAGCAAAAGAUGUUGACGUGCUGAUUGACUCUCUGCCCAGUGAAGAAUCUACUGCCGCACUGCAGGCUGCGAGUCUAAGGCAGUUGGAAGAGGAGAACCAGGAAGCUGCGAACCGUCUGGAGGAAGUGGUUUACAGAGGAGACAUGUUGCUGGAGAAGAUCCAGUCAGCUCUAGCAGACAUCGCCCAAUCACAGCUGCGCACACGCAGCGGAGCCCCGAGUCAGUCGACACCACCAGAGUCAUGACAGCGACUGACCCCAAGCAAACAUGGACUAUGUCGUCUGUACACAGCAGGGAUUUUAUACUCAUACUUCAUGGAUCACAAGAGAGCUUGUGUUAAAUGUACAGUUUGUUUCUGGACUGAAGAAUGAUUCUGAUUUCAUUCUGUAAGUGCCCACUCUUUCCCAUCGCAUGUCUUGAGUAUAUGACCUCUGACGUCACUUUCUACCUGAUAACCGUAAAUGUUCAGCAUCCAUCAGCCUUUUUCAAACAGUCACCAUCUGGGUAAGUUGGUUUUUGUAUAUUUAAUGAUAUUUUUUUCGUGCCAGCAUCAUGCGGUGUUCAUUUUAUUUUAAAAGAAAUUUUGUUUAACAAAUAAAAAAAAAUUGUAUGAAGUGUUUGUUAUUCUUUGCAAAUUGAAUUAUGAAUAUGGUAAUUUGUCUCAUGCAAUGCCAUUGUCAAGAGACUCUGUUCUUUAACAGAUUUAUUCAAAUAACAGAUCUAAAACCUGUUCGUUUUAUUCUUUUGUUUCCAUCGCUUCAUUUAUUUAACUAAAAUUUUAAAACAGGAAAUGUUGCAAUUGCAAUAAAAUGUUUAAUGUGAAUUAUGCUAUCCAAAAAAAUUUUACAUAUGACCUUAA